AUGGGUACCCGCGAAGAUUUACCCGUCGAGGGGCAGAUAUGGGAGGAUUUUUGUACCUGCGGAAACGGGGACCCGUUUAUUAUACGGGGCCGUCUUAUGGGGACUCAUAUAAUCUCCAGUAAGAACAUAAAGAGGAGACAUACACACAUCAAGUGCAACCACGAUGAGCCACUAUUGGAGCCAAGAAGCAAGAGGUUUGAGAAAUUGGUGUUUUGUUCGCAAAAUAUAUGCGAACUUGCAUCGAAAUUCGAGGAGUUCAUCGCCAUUCUGCACCGCGCCUACGAUAAUAUCGUGGUUGAGAUGGAAGAACUGAAAGCCAAAAGGAAUGGGACGUGUUCGUUAUCUCACGAAGAUGCUAACUUGGAAUCCGUUAACGAGCUUCAAAGCCCUCCAAGGGUUCGAACAAGAGGACGUCCAAAAAAUAGGCUAGGUUCAAAGUUGGACAAACAGAUUGCAAAUGCCUCAAAGAAGAAGAAAACGAAAGCUCUAAGCGAGUUAAACCUUUUUGAUGCUGCAUUAGUGGUGCAACUAAAUUCCAGCGAAUAUCAUGGACAUGUUAUAAAUUAUCAGUUCAAGGAUCCAGCAGCAGGGGAUAGAUUUUUGGGUGUAUAGUGACAGUAUAUUGGUGUAACAUUUAGUUUUUUAGGUGUAUUUCUGCAUUCUCUUGUGU